CCACCACCUAGUGUCAAACAAACGACUGACGCAAAUUAAAACUACAACUACCAGUUUGCAUUGUUCCGUAUGUCGACUUUUACGUAAUGGACAGCUCCCCGGAUGCGGCUGUGAUUGACUAUACCAGGCAAAAAGAGAUCGAAAGCCAAGUGGCGGUGCUGCAGCCCCAGUGGUCGUAGGCAGGAUGCAGACCAUAAAGUGUGUGGUGGUGGGUGACGGUGCAGUUGGUAAAACCUGCCUACUCAUCUCGUAUACAACCAAUGCCUUCCCUGAGGAGUACAUCCCCACAGUGUUUGACAACUACAGUGCUCAAAUGAGCGUAGAUGGCCGCACUGUCAGCCUCAACCUGUGGGACACAGCAGGCCAGGAGGAGUAUGACCGCCUGCGUACUCUCUCCUAUCCCCAGACCAACGUUUUCAUCAUCUGCUUUUCCAUCGGCAGCCCCUCCUCCCAUGCCAAUGUUAGGCACAAGUGGCACCCCGAGGUGUCUCACCACUGCCCCAACGUGCCCAUCCUGUUGGUGGGCACCAAGAGGGACCUGAGGGGUGAUGCAGACACAGUGAAGAAGCUGAAGGAACAGGGCCUGGCUCCUACCACCCAACAGCAGGGUAACGCCCUGGCCAAGCAGAUUGGGGCUGUUAAAUACAUGGAGUGUUCUGCUCUGCUGCAGGAUGGUGUUAGGGAGGUGUUUGCUGAAGCUGUGAGGGCAGUGUUGUAUCCAGUAACGAAAAAGAACACCAAGAAGUGUGUGCUUUUGUAAUAUUUGGUCCCCAAAUUUGGACUGUGGAGAGGGAUGAUGGAGAUCCACAGAUGCAAAGGAAGGCUGAGGAACAAAGGUCAUCAUCUGACUGCCUUCAUAGUUUGACUUUGUUCAUUACUCUUCUCUUCCUUAUUCAUCUCCUGGAGGAUUUCACUUCAUUUCCAUCAUCACCAAAGUGACUAUGCCAAUAUGGGUGCAACUGACCAUAUCUGUUCUAUUUUUCUUACAUUUUAACUUUUGAUAUUUACACUUUUUCCCAGUUUUGCAUCUGUUCUUGAUUUAUAGCUUCUCUGCUUUGCCUUAAAAAUGCUGAUCAUGGUUGUCGCAAGCCAUAACAACAUCCAAAUCAACCAACCAGGCUACCCUGUUUGACUGGAGAGAAGAGAUCUACAUUUGUUCAGGUGGAGAAAUAAUGACUACCUCAUACUCUCACCUAGGUUGCAUCUCAUGGGUCUCAAGCAGCAUCACCAUCAAGAUGCUUUGACCAGCCUACUUAGAUGUAAUAAACAUCCAAGUAGAGGGCGAAAACGUUUUAAUUUCAAGCAGCUUGAGUCUAGACAAGGUGUGAUGGCUCUUGGACAAAUGCCAGUACCCCAUAACCAAUAUGCACAGAUUAAAGGUUAAACUCUCGAGUUGCAGCUCAUGCCUGUGCCCAGUCUGGCAUGUUAGAGCUGUCUGGCAGGCUGCCCUUCCAGCCUCUUGCACUGCUCUCUCACUGCCAUGCAUGGAAGAACCAGUAGGCCUUUGAAGAUAAGCUGGGCCCAUUAAAAGCAGCCGACCAUUUGCCCUCUUCAGUAAUAGAGGAGCAGGUGUCAUAAGAACUCUGUCAAAUUAGCCCACUCUGGUACAGGAGUUCUUGAGCUGACACAGUAGGAAGUCAUGUUGAAGUAGAGCUCUCCUCUGUCUAUGUCUUAACUCUUGAGGCUCACACCGAGUGCCAUUUAAACAUGCCUAAGAAAGACUUUUUGAUGGGGUGGGGUCAAAGAGACUAUUUUGUUCAAUGAUGUUGAAUUUACUCUGUAAAUGAUUUUUUUUUUUUCCUCAAAUGUUUUUAACCCUCAAGUGCGGUUAUGGCCAAAGUUGAAUAUAUUUUUUUGUAAUAGCUUAUGUUUAUUUGAUCAGUAAGAUGUUUGUAAUAGUUUGUGUACUCACAUUUGAUAAACCAGAACACCAUAAUGCACCCGUUGUCAACUGCAUUGUGGCCUUACAUUUAAAGUCAGUAGACUGUGACCACUCCAUAAAUAAGCAAAGCAUAUAAUACCAGAAUAUGUUUUAACUGGCUUGUGCUAGGCUAUAUACAUUUAUUUUUCUAUAUUUUCUUCAUUAGUAGAAUAUUAUUUCAUCUUGGAGAAAGCACAGUGUCAUAGUUGCAUAGUUAAUAUUUAAGUUAAGUAACAACUGUUAAUCUGCAAUUUGGAAGGAAGGCUUUUUAUUUGGUCAGGUGCCUUAUCCAAACCAAAGACCUUACCAGUGCUUCUUUGUCAAACCCAAAGGUUUUCAUUAUAGUGAUGCAAGUAUCAUCAGACCCUUUAGAUGCAGGUUUAACUAACACUGGGUUUCGUGUCAUCUUCAGAAGCUUUCUGCCUUAGUUCCUGCCAGUAAAAACACUCCUUUUGCAGCCCUCUUUGUAAGACACAGGUGCUAAACUGACAUCUUGCGCGGCAAGUCUGUGUGCAUUUGUGAAACGGCACAUGAAAUGGAGUGCUCGUGGCCCACGGCUCUUGACAGAUUGUGGUUUACAUCCCUGCAUUGCAUGUUGCAGUGAGGGCAAGGCACAAGCACAACUUGCACAUAUGGUUAGCAAGAGCUGCGUUGGUGGAACGUGCCUUGUCACAUCUGAAGACUUUUAUACAUUUUAGAAAAUAUUUUUUCUUUUUUUAAAGUAAUGAUUGGUUGCUAAUUUGUGCCAGUAAUACCAGCAACCCUUUUACUAUAGUUAUUUUCAUUUACUCACUCGAGUGGGGUGUGUUACAAAUCAGCCUAGAUUGUGGCCCAUGUAAAGUCUAAAAUAACUGAAGCGCAACAGGAGCAGGAGAUUAUGUGUAACAACAGUGAUGCGGUUUUAGAUCUGCUAAAGGAUGUGUUAAAAUUUCCCAGAUAGAUAUGUGGAGGGUUGAAUGUAAGUGAAAAUGUCAAACUGUCAACUGUGGUGAGUUUGUUGUUGUUUUUUUUUUUUUUGUCCUGAUUUCACUCAGAUAAUGCUGUUGAAGUGGAACAUACACCUGUGGGCUCUCUGUCUGCACCUCAGAGCUGUAUGCUACCGUGUGCGUGGUACUACGCCUUUACACUGGGAACUUGAUUUGUAGAAAUCUGUAAUUGUUUUAUAUAUAACAAAAGCAUAUUUGUAUAAAUGAACUAACAGUGAAAUGAUUUUAAAUUAUGCCAAAUAAAAUGGUGGUUAAAACCAGA